CGGCCCGGAGCAGACGAGCGAGCCGGAAGCUUAAAGGCUAGCGGGUUAUUCCGCCGACGCUCUACGCGGUGGGGCCGCGGCCUCGCUGCCUCGGCGGAGGACUGACGGCAGGGAGCCGGCGGAGGCGGGGGCGAGAGAAGAUGGCGGAGGCCUCGGCGGCGGCGGCGGCCACCGUGUCCCAGCACCGCUUCUUCUGCCAUAGCUGCAAGGGGGAGGUCAGCCCCAAGCUGCCGGAGUACACUUGCCCAAGAUGUGAAUCUGGCUUUAUCGAAGAAGUCACAGAUGAUUCCAGUUUUCUAGAUGGCAGCGGCAUAGAUGACAGCCCAUCCACACAGUUUGCAGAGCUUUGGGACCAUUUGGACCACACAAUGUUCUUUCCUGACUUCAGACCCUUUCUAAGUAGCAGCUCACUGGAUCAAGACAGCAGGGACAACGAGAGGGGCCACCAAGCCCAUGCUGACCUCUGGGGACCAAGCCGACCCCCGCGACUGCCCAUGACGCGGAGGUACAGAUCCCGGGGCAGCUCGCGCCCCGACAGGUCUCCUGCUAUCGAAGGAAUAAUACAGCAGAUCUUUGCAGGGUUUUUUGCAAACUCAGCGAUUCCUGGCUCACAACACCCUUUUUCCUGGAGUGGGAUGCUGCAUUCGAAUCCUGGGGACUAUGCGUGGGGACAGAGCGGCCUUGAUGCUAUUGUCACCCAGCUCUUGGGGCAGUUGGAAAACACGGGACCACCUCCAGCUGACAAAGAGAAGAUCUCAUCUCUCCCAACAGUGACAGUAACUCAGGAACAAGUCGAUACAGGUUUGGAGUGUCCUGUGUGCAAAGAGGACUACACAGUAGCGGAGCAAGUUCGGCAGUUACCAUGCAAUCACUUCUUCCACAGCAACUGCAUCGUGCCGUGGUUAGAGCUGCAUGACACAUGUCCGGUGUGCAGGAAGAGCUUAAAAGGUGAAGAUUCGACUCGGCAAACACAAAACCCCGAGGCCUCAGCGAGUAACAGCUUUAGUAGUGAAAGCCAACUACAUGAUCGAUGGACUUUCUGACGCUCGAGGGCUUCCCUGGGGGCUCGGGACGGAGUAUCGUUACUACGGAUGUACAUUGUAUUAUAAUUCAAACAACAAAAAGAGUAGCAGGAAAUAUAGGGCAGGGGAGGGAACCCACCCUGUGGUAUUACUGCAAUGAGUGCUGUCUUUUUCCUGAAACUUAGCAUCUCUGAGCGAAUCGCGUCUCCAUUGGAAUCGCCUCUUUAGUCCUAAAUUCAGAGUCUUUUGAGUGAUUUGACUUGAUUUUAUACUUGUGAAACCUUUACUUCAAAUGUGGCCCCAUCUGAGGGGGGGUGAGCUGGCGCAGGGAGGGUUGGGGAGACCCCGUCGGGGUCCUGAGAUGUCUUGUGCAGCCUCCCCAGCACAGGGUCAGCUCCCCCCUGUCCUCGCUCCCUGUCCUCCCCCCUCCCCAGCAAAGAGGUGGCAAAUUUGGGUGGGGAAAGUGUCCCAGUUGCGUUGUUCCUUGUAGUAAAGGAGGGAGUGGAAAGGAGAUUUUUGACUUCUCUCCUCUGACCCCUUUCCCUGCCCCUCAAACUGGCUGGGCGGAAUCAAAUCCAGGAGUUUUUGGUUUUUUGGGUUUUUUUUACCCCUUCUCUUGAAUUCAAGUGACUGUGUCUAUAAAAUAGUGUUCUAGGUUUUCUCAAGGGAGAGGCAGCGGUGAAGAUGGAGGCAUUGGAGGGUUUCCGGAGUUCUUCCCCAGGUGUGCUGGUGGAGAGAAGUGUGCUCGGGAUUCUCAGGAACCCCCCAGUUCUGGGAACAGGAAUGCACCAAGCAGGAUUUUCUGUCUUGUCGUGGACUAUUUUUGUUUGUUUGGGGUUUUUUUCUGGCCCUUCGCCAUGUGCCUGUGUCCCCAGGUCUGUCCCAACCUGUCCCCCACCCACAGUGAGUCAUUUAGGAUCCUUAGCUGGCUUGUAUCAUAUGGACCACAUUAAAGGCAUCCUUUAGGAAAACAGACCUAACUGUGCAUAGCCAUUUUAACGGCCGAUUCCUCAGUGUUUAACACACAAUCUUAAUUCUCCCUUAGUCUGAUAACUUGAAGAGAGUCUCUUUAUUUUUGCGGAAUUUUUUGGUUUUUUGGUUGGUUGGGUUUUUUUCCCACUUCUGUAACAUUUCAUCCACGUUUGACUUCUUGUUUUUAUCGUCUGAAUAACCUCUGUGCUUAUGGCACCCACUAAACCACCACAUGGCAAUGUCAAACCCCCGGCUUGGCCGGGCAGGAGGGAGAGGUAGGUCGUGUCUAAACAUGUUGCCGCUUCAUUGCUGUAAACAGUGUACUACGUACACUCGAUUUAAACUAGUGUUUUGUUUGCUAUUAAGUCAAAUAAAGGCCUUUAUAAAGAA